UCAUCAAGAGCGUGGAAAAUCAAAAUCAAAAUCAAAAUCAAAAUCAUCAUUGUUUUGAGAGAGAUGGCAAAUAUUAAGACUCAGAGCCUGCUCUUAGCAACAUUGAUCAUGGUAGGAGCCCUAAUUUUGAGCGACUCUAAGGUUUCGGGCUUUUCAGACAACUGCGACGACAACAAACUUAAAGAAGCCGGAGUACAAUGUUUCCAGUAUGUCAAAAUUUCAGGACCAAAAAUUCCUCCUUCUAAAGAGUGUUGCGAUGUAUUGAAAAAUGCAGACAUGAACUGCAUUUGCAAGCAUGUCACACCGGAAGUGGAAAAAAUGGUCAGCGUGGAAAAAAUUGUUUAUGUGGCUCAGACCUGUGGCUUAGCAUUCAGUCCUGGAACCAAAUGUGGGAGUCACACUGUUCGUAAGGAUUGAGAACAGAUUACAGCGCUGAUGGGAUGCUCCUGUUAAAGUUGCUUAUAGUUAGUGACUUUUUAAAUUAAUAAAUAAAAGGAGUAUACGUUUUUUUUUUUUUUUUUUUU